AUGGCGGCUGAUCCUUCGGGGAAAAUGGGAGAGAGAAACGUUGAUGGUGAUCAGAAAAUGGAGGAAGUAUUGUUGCCCGGAUUUAGGUUUCAUCCAACCGACGAAGAGCUUGUAAGCUUCUACCUCAAGCGGAAGGUUCAACACCAUCCUCUCUCCAUUGAACUCAUAAGACAACUCGAUAUCUACAAAUACGACCCCUGGGAUCUUCCAAGGUUUGCAAUGACGGGUGAAAAGGAAUGGUAUUUUUACUGUCCGAGGGACAGGAAGUAUAGGAAUAGCUCGAGGCCGAACCGAGUGACUGGAGCUGGUUUCUGGAAAGCCACGGGAACAGACAGGCCGAUAUACUCGUCGGAAGGAAACAAAUGCAUAGGUCUAAAGAAGUCACUGGUGUUCUACCAAGGAAGAGCUGCGAAAGGAGUUAAGACUGAUUGGAUGAUGCAUGAGUUUCGUUUGCCUUCUAUCUCGGAGCCAACUCCUUCUUCUAAGAGGUUCUUCGAUUCGCCUGUCUCUCCAAACGACUCGUGGGCUAUAUGCAGAAUCUUCAAAAAGUCAAACACAACGACCCUAAAAGCUCUCUCUCACUCCUUUGUUUCCUCGUUACCAUCAGACACAAGCAUCGACACAAUGUCCAACCAAAAGCCAUCAAACACAUCACACUUUUCUUCAGACCUCAAAACUAGCUCUCACUUCCAGUUUCACCAUGAGAACACGAACAAAAUUCCCAAAACUAGUAGUAGUACAACUCCUCUUGCUGCCUCUAUAAGUCCAUUCUCUUACUUGGAUUUCACUUCCUACGAGCCCACCAACGAUUUCAAUCCGGUUUCAUGUUUAGACCAACAAUACCUCACAAAUCUCUUUCUUGCUCCACAAGAAAUACAAGCUCAGUUUCCAAGGCUCGCCUCGUCUAAUGAAUUCCCCUCGUUUCUCCUAAACAUGCCAUCAUCAUAUUCGAGCUUCUUGGGAGAAUGCACCGGCAAGAUCGACCUCAGUGCGGUGUUGGCCCAAGAGCAGUGUCCUGAUCUUGUAAGCCUACCACAAGAGUAUCAAGAAAAGGGACUCGAAGGAAAUGGGGAAAUGAGGAACAUGCAUAGUUUCAAUGAAGAUCUUCAUAGUCACUGUGCCACACUCAGGUUUGGUGAUAUUGCUUCAACAGUUGAAGAGAAACAUCCUCACCAUUAUGAAGACGUGAAACAUAACAUGACAUUGUUGGAGAGUUAUUAUUCUUCUUUGUCAUCCGUUAAUGGAGAUUUGCCAGCUUGUUUCUCCACAACUUGA